AUGUCAACCUUGAUAACAAGUGUCAACCUUGAUAACGACCCACGAGUGCUGGGCAUUUUACUGCUGAGCGGGAAAAGAUCAAGUCUUAGAGCUAUUCUUUUCCACACAUACUCUGAUUACUGCAACUCACCUAGCGCUAAGAAACCAAACUUGGUGGCUAGACUCAUGGGUCUUGAUCUUCGUCCUGAUGACUUAGACCUUAGUAGAUCCUCAAAGAAUAGUGUAAGAGGACAUAGAGUCUCUGAUAACGGCUCGGAGAUUGAUGCCCGCCUCUCUCUUCAGCUAGACAGAGAGAGAGAGCAGGCUGUGAAGCUCUGUGAUCAAAACUUCGGCGUUGGUGCUGACGGAGUCAUCUUUGUGAUGCAUGGGAUUAAUGGCGCUGAUUACACUAUGAGGAUAUUCAACUCAGAUGGUAGUGAACCUGAGAUGUGUGGCAAUGGAGUUAGAUGCUUUGCAAAGUUCAUUGCUGAGAUUGAGAAUCUACAGGGAAAGCAUAGGUAUAUUGUAAUCAGAGAUAAUGGGCAAGUUAAGGUUGAUAUGGGGGAACCGAUCCUAAGAGCAGAGGAUGUGCCUACGAGGUUGCAAGGGAACAAAGGUGAGUCUAUUGUUGCGGCACUGGAUGGUGUUUGUUCUGCUCUGUACACUUGCAAUUGA